CACUUCUGCCUUGUUCAGAAAGUCCUGCGCCGCGUCGGGCUAGGGAAAGCCUCCGUUCCUUACCUUGGCCCCACGAUCGUUGGUCUUCCAGCCUCCUUUUUCCCAGGAUCCCUUUCCGUUCUUUUAAUUCACUUUUUAAUCAGAACCACUCGUGUUAUCCGUCUGUCAUUAUCCAGCUAGACAGUUGAUUCACUUUUCUGAGGGUGGACAAGACCAAUUGGCCCAGCCGACCCGACCGAAACCGAGAGAAGCUUGGCAAUUGAUUACAAAAUCUGCCGGCCGCCGAUAGCCUGGCUUUCUUUUCUUUGCGCGCGCCCCAAUCCAACUUUUUGAACCGCUUACUUGGCAAUCGCGAAUUUGCCAAGACCACAGCGUAAACCUCGAGACAUCGACAUCUUCAAAGAGCUAUAAUUCAAUAUCCAGUAUGGCGGACUUUAACCACUUCGGUGGUUCAGAUGAGGAGAAUGCCGAGAUCAAGAGGUUGAGGGCCGAAGUGGACGCCGACCCAGACAGCUUCGAGAACUGGGAGAAGCUUGUUAGGGCCUGCGAGGCCCUCGACGGUGGCCUCACACGCAACUCCAGCCCUCAAGCGCUCGCCACCCUCCGCGACGCCUACGACCGAUUCCUCCUCAAAUUCCCACUCCUCUUCGGAUACUGGAAGAAAUAUGCCGACCUCGAGUUUACAAUCGCAGGCCCGGAAUCGGCCGAGAUGGUUUAUGAGAGGGGCUGCGCGAGCAUCACAAAUUCGGUCGACCUGUGGACCGAGUACUGUUCGUUCAAGAUGGAGACGACACACGUUCCACAGCUGGUCAGAGAGUAAGUAGUAGAUGGUGUAGUUUUCCUUCCCCAUAACCACACCAUCAACAACAGUUCAUCACCGCACGUGCGGGAUCCGGCCGUUGUCUGAGAAGAGGGCAAGUCAUGCUCGCGACCCGAUCAUGUUCGAUCAUGUCAAAAGUCGCGAGGAGCGCAAGAAACAGAGAAUCGUACAGAUGAACAGAGCCACUGGACGGUGAGAUAAUCAAACCGACAACAGCCAUAACUCUCUGCUACUGGAGUGCGCUCUCACACACAAAACUACCAGACCUGUCUUCCCCGCUGGCACACACAGUUCGCUCAUGCCCGUACGCACCUUGUGAAAUCACAUCAAACCAUGAACUACCACCAGCUCUUUGGAGCGGUGGCCUAGUCGUUGUUUGCACAGAGAUCCCUUUCUCCUCUUCGAGCGUGGUGCAGCCUGUGUUGGGUUAGAUUUCAUGGCGCAUCCCUUCUGGAACAAGUACCUCGAGUAUGAAGAGCGUCAGGAAGCUCAUGAGAACAUUUUCAAAAUCCUGCAACGGGUGAUCCACAUCCCCAUGUAUCAGUAUGCGCGCUACUACGAGCGCUUCAGCACCAUGGUGCACACCCGGGCGCUGGAUGACGUAGUGUCAGCUGAACUCCAGGCUCGCUUCAAGACUGAGAUCGAGGCCGAAGCGGCUGCUUACGGUGUCACUAAAACCGAGCCCGAGUUUGAGCAAGAGAUGCGCCGCAAGGUUGACGCUCACUAUGGCGAAAUCUUCACUAAGACGCAGACGGAGGUGACCAAGCGGUGGCUCUACGAGGCCGAGAUCAAGAGGCCUUAUUUCCACGUGACAGAGCUUGAAAAAAAGGAACUGUCCAAUUGGCGCAAGUACCUCGACUUCGAGGAGGCCGAAGGUAGCUUUGUCAGGACAGCCUUUUUGUACGAGAGGUGCCUGGUAACGUGCGCCUUUUACGACGAGUUUUGGUUCAGGUAUGCCAGGUGGAUGUCGGCGCAACCCGACAAGACUGAGGAGGUUCGCAACAUAUAUCUGCGUGCUGCGACAAUAUUUGUGCCCAUCAGCCGUCCCGGUAUACGGCUGCAAUUUGCCUACUUUGAGGAGAGCUGCGGGCGUGUCGCCAUGGCUCGGGAGGUGCACAACGCAAUCCUUUUGAGGCUUCCGGGCUGUAUAGAAGUCAUCAUAUCUCUUGCAAACCUGGAGCGGAGGCAUAACGACAUCGAUACGGCGAUCGAGGUCCUGAAACAGCAGAUUGAGUCCCCCGAGGUUGACAUCUGGACAAAGGCCGUCCUUGUUACAGAGUGGGCAAGCUUGUUGUGGACGGUCAAGGGCACGGCAGAGGAGGCCAGGGCUGUGUUCCAGAAGAAUGCGCAGUGGUAUGGUGGCAGCAGGCACUUUUGGAUGCAGUGGAUUCAGUUUGAGCUGGAGCAGCCGACGUCGGCAGAGCUCGAGGCGCAACACAGCGAACGGUUGCGGGAGAUCAUUGACAAGAUCCGCACGGAAAGCAACAUGUCUUCUGCCGCCAAGAAGGAGCUGUGCGGCGUCUACCUAGCAUAUCUGCAACAUCGGGGCGGCAAGGACGCCAUGAAACAAUUCUUGGCCAUCGACCGGGAGAUGUACGGACCAACAUCCAUUUCGUUGGCUGGUAAGGCAGGCAAAGAGAAUGGAGCUGCCGCUCCCGAGGUUGACGAAGCCACAAGGCUAAAGGCCGAGGCGCGCCACUACAGCUUCUACCAGCUUCACGCAGAACCCGGCCACGAGGAACAGGGCACAGCCAUGUUCAACUGAAGCGGUCUGACGCGUGGAUGUUGGACUUUGCAAAGCUUGACGUGUUUGCUGGCUUGUUUUAGGCCAACGUUUUUCGUAUACUCGACACUAUACCUGAACAUGAAUUGACGCAUGACCUCCCCAUGAGGCUCCACGGUCAAGGGGCUUAUUUUGUCUCGUUUUAUUUUCUUGGUGAUUUUAAUUCACGUGUACCAUAAUGCCAACGAUCAGUGGCCAACUAUAUUUGCAAAAUUGGUGGUUUUGGGGAUUGCUGGAAUGCUUUUUGGUCCUUGCAUUUUAUUUGCUGGGGGGAGGGUCUUUGGAUCUUUUUGAACGCAUAAUCUGGGACGAGAUGGCAUAUCCGGGGGUUGUCUGGUGCGACUUGAGGACUGAAUCAUAAUCUUGCUUGCGCUUGUUCUACAGAGUGUACGUUUUCCUACCAACGCCUAGGGGCGGUGAACAUAAAACGCUAUGCGUACCUAAGCUAUAGAUCAUGCUCUUGCUUAAAAUGGUUGGCAUUGAGAACAAUUGGCCGCAAAAUGAAAUACAUAGUCCUCACACGACUUGAUGGCUGAAGCAACUUGGCAGAUGCUCAUGGAACAGAGUCACAUGCGACAGGGAGGGCGACCAUAAAUAAACGC